AUGUCCAGUAGCAGGACGAGCAUUGUAUCGAUCCUAAACAAUGACGAUCAUCCGUCGUUUGCUGUCCGGUCCAACCUCAGACUUAGUCGAAAUCAGUCUUCAUCAUUGUACUCGCAAUCAGACCAGGAGCUUCCUCCACCCGCCAUCGACUCCCAGUACGUCCGCCCGCAUGCAUCGUCUGAGUCGCCCAUGACCUCGCCGCGAGCCACCCGGCACACGUUGGACCCGGUAACCGAAACCGCGCAGCCCACCUCGCCGGGCUCUUCGGAAGGCUCUGUCUAUGACUAUCUGACGAGCCAGUCAGUUUCGGGAUACCACCCGUAUGCGCAGCAGGACCAUCGACAUGGCUCACGAUAUCCGUCGCGCGGGCCCGCGGCGCCCAGGACGCCGCCCGAGAUGCCGUCCAGCUCCCAGGAAACGAAAUCACAGUCGGGGGGAUCCCGGGGUACCGGGCGAAAGAACAAAUAUCCGUGCCCUUAUUCCGCAAGCCACGGGUGCUCCGCUACUUUCACGACGUCUGGUCACGCCGCUCGCCACGGCAAGAAGCACACGGGCGAGAAGAGUGUGCAUUGCCCCAUCUGCAACAAGGCAUUUACCCGCAAGGACAACAUGAAACAGCACAUCCGCACUCAUCGCACCCACUCCCAAGAUAUGCGGUCAACCUCUGAGCCCGAGACGGAUGGCAGGUGGGCAAUGGGUCGAGCCGAGUCUAGCUAUGCGCCCAGCACGCACAGUCGGACCGUCAGUCAGUCAACAGAUGCGAGUGUCAUGCCUCCACAUGGCAGUGAACAGCAGCAGCAUCCUUCAUGA